CUUUUCUUCCACUUGCAACAGCAGCAGGCGGGGGAUACCGGACCGGAGCGACCACCACACCGAAGCCCGCCCCGCAGUGCUCGACUGACGGCUACGUGACACCCGGGCGGCACGCUGUCAGCUCCCGCUUCAUACCUGGCAGCCUGACAAACCGACGGACCGACCGACUUCCGCAAUGGCCGACCGCUUCGACUGCGACAACUGCAAGGAGUCCCUGUACGGCCGCAAGUACAUCCAGUCGGACGACAGCCCUUACUGCAUCCCCUGCUACGACAGCCUCUUCUCAAACACGUGCGACGAAUGCAAGGAGCUGAUUGGUCACGACGCCCGGGAACUCUUCUACGAGAACCGACACUACCACGAGCACUGCUUCCGGUGUUUCCGCUGCGACCGCUCACUGGCGGACGAGCCCUUCACCAACCAGGAGGACGCGCUGCUCUGCAACGACUGCUACUGCAACGAGUUCUCGUCCAAGUGCGUCGCCUGCGACAAGAUCGUCAUGCCGGGUACCAGGAAGCUGGAGUAUGCAGGUUCCACGUGGCACGAGGGCUGCUUCGUCUGCCACGCUUGCGAACAGCCCAUCGGCUCAAAAUCAUUCAUCCCCGAGAAGGAUGAGCACUACUGUGUGCCGUGCUACGAGGACAAGUUCGCGCCGCGUUGCACGCGCUGUAAAAAGACCCUGGCUAAAGGCGGCGUGACCUACCGGGACGAGCCGUGGCACAAGGAGUGUUUCGUAUGCAGCGGCUGUAAAACACAGCUGGCCGGCCAGCACUUCACCUCGCGUGACGACAGCCCGUACUGCCUCAAGUGCUUCGGAAGCCUCUACGCCAAGAAGUGCGAGGCCUGCAGCAAACCCAUCACAGGGUUCGGCGGAGGCAAGUACAUCUCGUUCGAGGACCGCCAGUGGCACCAGCCGUGCUUCACCUGCACUCAGUGCUCCGUGUCGCUGGUGGGUGCCGGCUUCUUCCCCGACGCCGAGCGCAUCCUGUGCCGCGACUGCCACAACAGCCUAUAAAUAACCCCCAGAAUCUCCCUUCAAAUUCUGCUCGACUCGUGCCAUAGCCAAAGUCUUUAAACUCAGCAAGGUAACACAGGAAAACUAAUGCAGUUUUUCCAAAAUGGACCACCUUCAAGCUACGUUAUGUAGUUAAGUUCCUUAAAAAAAAACAUGACGUUGUUAUGUGAUACUGUACAAUAUUUGAUAUCGAUUUUCAUAAAGGGACACAACGGUGCAGUUGAUAGUCCUCACUAACUAAGAAUAAUGAGAACUUGGACUCUGUUUUCAUGGCUGCUUCUUUUUUCCCCCCUUUCGGCUUGUCCCGUGAGGGCUCGCCACGACGCGUCAUUUUUUUCCAUGUAAGCCUUUCUCCUGCAACCUUCUCUCCAACGCCAUCUGCCCCCAUGUCUUCCCUCACAACAUCCACCAACCUUCUCUUUGGUCUUCCUCUCGCUCUUUUGCCUGGCAGCUCCAUCCUCAGCACCCUUCUCCCAACAUUGCCCUUUUUCUCUCCCCUGGACAUGUCCAAAUAAUCGAAGUCUACUCUCACUUACUUUGUCUCCAAACAAUCUAAACUUGGCUGUCCCACUGAUGAGCUCAUUUCUGAUUUUAUCCAACCUGGUCACUCAUAGACAGAACCUCAACGUCUUCCUUUUAGUUUGUUUUCACAACUAACCCUUGAAUAAUCCUCAAAUUUGACAAUAUACUGCCCAUAUUAAUUGGUGCCGGCAAAAAAAAAAUAAAAUAAAUAAAAAAUUUCGCAUCACCAAUCUAUCUAUAAUUCCAGCAGGAGCUCAAGCCCUGGAAUUUGCUCACAAUAGCUUCUUUAAACCAACAUGGCUGAGUUCCUGUUGAGUUUCAGGCGAAAAUUCUCGUGACUUUUUCAUGCAUCCUGUUCUGAUAGGCACGUCCACCUGAUAUCGUGUUGCUUAGUGAAACUGCUGUCAGCGGCUGGUUUUUUUUUCCCCCCUCAAACCUUGUGAAAGUCCUCAAGAUGAUCAAAUUUUACACUACUCACAAUAGAUGAUGUUAAUAUACCGUAAUUUGCGGCCUACAGAACGCACCCAGCCUCACCCAGUACAUUUGUAAAGAAAAUACCAUUUGGUACAUACAUAAGCCGGACCUACAAAAAAAACAUACCUAAAUUAUAUUAGUAACACAGCAGAAACACACUUGUGUGGCGCUAAUGCUGGCGCGGUGCUAAUAGGGCCAGUUAAAAACAACAUACCGGUAAAAAUCACCGAGACGCGGCAGCAACACAGCAGCUACACGGUAGCACAGCACUAACAGGGCCGGUUUGAAAAAAAACAUACCGGUAAAAAAAGUCACUUUCUUGGCACAUAUAUUCCACCAUCUCACUCUUACCUUUUCCGCUCGAGUGCCCCCUUGCAGCCGUUAGAAAAAAAAUGGACAAAUUAGCCGCAUCACCGCAUAAGCCGCAGGGUUGAAAGCGUGUGAAAAAAGUAUCAGUUUAUUGGCCGGAAAUUACAGUACUUUUUUCCAAUUGAGGCUAAUUGGGUUGAAAUCCCAAAUCUGAGUCCAAUUUCAACACCCUGGAAAUCGCCCCAAAUUGCUACUUUAAACCAUAUUGGCCAACUACCUGUUCAAUUUCUUCUGGACAGUAUCUUGAGACUUUUUAAUAAAUUCCGUUAUGAUAGACGUCAACUUCAUUUCAUGUCAAUCGGUCGGACGAAUAGCUUUUCAUGGGGUGCUACUGAUUGAGUUUUUGGGCUUUAUGUUCAGGACCCCUUCAAUGCAAUAUGCUUGCAAUAGCUGAUGAGAUUUCUGGCAUGUUGAUUGCCCCAAGAAGGUUCCUGUUUUAACGCUGUAACUGCAUUUUGAAUGUCACUUUUCUCUCUCUCGCUCACAAUGAUCACUAUGCAGCUUGACUAGGUUGCUGUAUAUAAUGGCACACAAAAAAAAUGAAUACAAAAGCGACUUUAGAGGGGAAAAAGAGCUUUAUGGCAAGUUUGUUGCUAUCAUAAAGAAGGUAAACUUUGCACUUUUUAGACUAGUUUCCUGCUUCCAUGUUGCGUGCACAUAAAUUGAAACACACUCAUUAUUAAAAAAAAAAAAACUUGGCACAAAACCACUUUUUUAUCUAAUCGCUGAUGCUAUUUUCUAUUGUUUUUUUUUUUUUUUUUUUUUAGUUUUCUGCUCAUUUGAUAAGAGCACAUUUUUCACAAUUUCUUCAAGAAUUUUUUUCUUAACCAAGCCUGUCCUGUAAUACUAGUUUCUUCCUCAUGAGGUGUUUCCGAGGCAGAAGAAUUCUAGCGAUUUCAAUAUUUGCUCACAUUUGGGACCAAGCGUUGUUCAAGACUGGGGAGGGGGGGGGGGUAAAGUCACUCAUCAAGUGAUACUUUUAAUUAGCUUGCAUUCCAAAAAGUUAGAAUUGUGUUUGGAAUUUAAAAAAAUAUAUAUUCUGGCAUUCUGCUGCCCCCUAUUGGUUUGGACCAUUUCCCAAUUAUUUUCCUUCACAUUGUACUUUUUCAAGCAUCUGGCAAUUUUAGUUCAAAAGAUGCUGUGUUAUUUUUGUAUAAUGUCUGAAUAUGCAUGUCUUAGUUUUUUUCAUUUGUUUUUUGUUGUUUUGUCCGUCUGUUGCUGGAUCUGAGAAUUUUGUGAGAAUUUUUUCCCCAUCCAAAUACAACCAACGUAAAUCAUUUUUCAUAACUAAUAAUGUUCCAUUGACCAAUAAGUACCCUUAAAGGCGUUUGUGGAUUACUGAAGAUCUUUUUAAAUAAUUAAUAAAACAAGCAGCUCACUAUUUGGCCAGGUCAAAUUACUUUUUAUAUUUUUAGAUAAUUCUGUUUUAGUUUAAAUGUAAUUUUUUUUUAUUUUAGUUUGUGUAUUAGUUUAUUUAAUUUUUUCCGUGUACCGUAAUUUCCACUCUACAACCCGCGACUUUUUUCUCAUGCUUUCAACCCUCUGGUUUAUGCAGUGAUGCGGAGCUAGUGUUAGCGCGGGGCUAGCGUUAGCGCACCUGGUUAUAAGCCUCGGUACACAGGAGUUUAAUGCUAGCGCGGGCGCCGCCCUGAAGUACGGUAGUUUUUAUUCGUUUUACAUGUAUUUUGGAGUUUUUAAUUUUAGAUUUAUUGUACUUGUUUAUAUUGAGUUUUUGUUAUAGUUUUUUUUUUUAGAGGGAAAAAGCCACACAUAAUAAGACAUAUGUAAGCAACUCACCACAAGCAUUUGAGGCUAACAUUAGCAGCUUGGCUCACUAUUUGGCAAGCAGGCGAUUUUUGCUUCAAGUACCAAAAUUCCCGCCCUACAGAGCACACCUUGUUACAAGCCUCACCGAGUACACUUGUAAAGGAAAUACCAUUUGGUACAUACAUACGCCGCAGCUGUGUAAAAGCCGGAAGUGCCCACAUUGAAACAAGAUAUUUACAAAGAAAGACGGUACACAGAGAGUUUAAUGCUAACAAUAGCCGGCGCACUACCGCUAUCGGGGACAGUAAAAAAAAAAAUUUAAAAAAAAAAACAUACUGGUAAAAAUCGCGGCAGUAACAUGCUAGUGCAACACUAACAGGGACUAAAAGUCACUUCCUCGGCACAUAUAUUCCACCGGUCUCUUACCUUUUCCGCUCGAGUGCCCCCUUGCGGCUGUUGGAAAAAAAAUGCACGAAUUAGCCGCAUCACUGCAUAAUUUGCAGGGUUGAAAACGUGUGAAAAAAGUCAUGGUUUAUAGGCCAGAAGUUACGGUACUUUUUACGCAUUUGCAAACUAUAAAUACCCCCCCCCCACACACACACACACACAAGUUCUUAUGGGUACCCUGUUAAGUAGUACCGAAUUAAUUGAUAGUGUUAAAGGGGAAAAAAAAGAAACCAACAAAAUUUUGAGAUCUUUUUUUUUCUGCAACUGUUUUUCUUCCCCCGUUCUUAUUAUAUGUGACAAAGUAUUAAAAAAAAAAUCUAUACAUUUCAUGAUUUCAGCUUUGAUGCUGGUGAGUCACAGUUGGCAAAUGUGCAUUUGUUUUGUCUUGUCUUUAAGAUGGGGAAAUAAGCCAUCGUUUAGCAUAAAUCCCGAUGUUAAUAGAUGGGACUCAAUCCUGCAACGGUGGUGAUGGACGCUUGUGUGUACGUUUGAGUGGAAAAUAAAUGGAACAAUGUGGA